AACGUUAGCGUCACUUGCUGUCGUUGAACACGGACAGGUAACACUGGCAGCGUGUUUAGAUUUGAGCAAGUGACAUACCGGUACAUAUCAAAGGAAGCAGACUGAGGACGAGAUAAAAGAAGAUCAUCAAGAUGGGUAGAAAAGUCACUUUAGCAGUAUCGACGCUUAAUCAGUGGGCGAUGGACUUCUGUGGAAAUCUCAAGAGAAUUAUUCAUAGUAUUGAAGAGGCGAAGUCUCAGGGAGCGCGGUACAGAUCGGGACCAGAGCUAGAAAUAAGUGGCUACGGGUGUGCCGAUCAUUUCUUGGAGAGCGACACUUUUCUACAUUCUUGGGAAGUGCUGGGUGAGAUCUUGUCAUCACCUGUCGCUCAAAAUAUCAUAUGUGAUGUGGGAAUGCCUGUCAUGCACAAGAAUGCAGCUUACAACUGUCGAGUGGUGUUUCUAAACAAGAAAAUACUGUUGAUUCGUCCCAAGAGGGUUUUGUGUAAUGACUGCAACUACCGUGAAUCUCGGUGGUUUGUUACGUGGAAGAAAGAGAGACAGACAGAGGAAUACUUCCUACCUCGAAUUAUCCAGGAUAUCACGGGACAGAAAUCUGUGCCGAUAGGGGAUGCUGUUAUUUCCACGAUGGACACCUGUAUUGGCUUUGAGAUUUGUGAAGAGUUGUGGAUGCCCAGAAGUUCUCACAUUGACCUGUACCUCGAUGGAGUGGAGAUUGUGGUCAACAGCAGUGGAAGCCACCAUGAGCUGAGGAAAGCGGGAAUCCGAGCAGAUCUCGUGAAAAAUGCUACAUCCAAGUGUGGUGGUGUGUACCUGUUUUCCAACCUGGUUGGCUGUGAUGGAGAGAGGGUUUACUAUGAUGGAGGAUCAAUGGUUGCAGUUAAUGGCCAGCUAGUUGCUCAGGGCCCACAGUUUUCACUUGGUGAAGUUCAUGUCACCACGGCAACUGUUGACCUUGAAGAUGUGAGAAUGUACAAGAAUUCAAUGCGGAGUCGGACUGAUGCA